GGCGCCUUGCAGAAAAGCAAAAGUUGUCCAGUGGAGCGGCUGUGUCCCCAGAGCGAGCCUGAACAUGGCGCUGGGAGGAGGAGGAGGAGGAGGAGGGGGCUCCCCGUUGGGGGCUCUGCUCCUCCUGUCGGUGGGAUGGGGUCUCCUGAGGGCCAGUGACGCCGCCGCCCCUUCCUCCUCAUUGCCCGAGGGCGCCCCUUUGAUCCUGGGCAUGAGGCUGGACCACACUGACCACCCAGACCCAGAGGUGCAAGACCUGUCCAUCAUCCAGGUGUUGGAAGGCACCCAGAUCCUGCUGCGCCUCUACGGGCUCCGCCUGCCCAGCCGCCUUUACGAGAUGGUCUCCUUUUCGGAGGUGGGCCUGGGCCAGGGCGCCAACUCCAGCCACGCCAACGCCACAUGCUUGGAGAAGACCCAAGACUUAGUGGUCCAACCCAGGACGCUGCCCGAAAGCGCCCGAGGCCACUCGGCCGUCGUCGCCGUGCAGGUGCAGCUCCUCCGCAAAGCCGAGAAGUCCAAGCUGUACGUGCUGUGCACCCGGAGCGAGGUGGGGCGGCCCUGGGUGCCGCUGUCGGGCGAGGACGCCUUCCUGCGCGUGGUGGAGGAGAAGAAGCACCUGCUGCCCCUCUGGUUCCAGAUCAUCCUCAUCCUGGCCUUGCUGGUGCUCUCCGGCAUGUUCAGCGGGCUCAACCUGGGCCUCAUGGCGCUGGACCCCAUGGAGCUGCGCAUCGUCCAGAACUGCGGCACCGACAAGGAGAAGCGCUACGCCCGGAAGAUCGAGCCCAUCCGCCGCAAGGGCAACUACCUCCUCUGCUCGCUCCUCCUGGGCAACGUCUUGGUCAACACGACCCUCACCAUCCUCUUGGACGAUCUCAUCGGCUCUGGAUUAGGCGCCGUAGUGGCCUCCACCUGUGGUAUUGUCAUCUUUGGCGAGAUUGUGCCCCAGGCCUUGUGUUCCCGCCAUGGCUUGGCGGUGGGCGCCAACACCAUCAUUCUCACCAAGUUCUUCAUGCUGUUGACCUUCCCGCUCUCCUUCCCCAUCAGCAAACUCUUAGACUGUGUCCUCGGACAGGAAAUCGGCACUGUCUACAACCGGGAGAAGCUGGUGGAGAUGCUGAAGAUCACGGAGCCGUACAACGACCUGGUGAAGGAGGAACUCAACAUGAUCCAGGGCGCGCUGGAGCUACGGACCAAGACAGUGGAGGACGUCAUGACCCCGCUCCAUGACUGCUUCAUGAUCAACAGCGACGCUGUGCUGGACUUCAACACCAUGUCGGAGAUCAUGGAGAGCGGCUACACCCGCAUCCCCGUCUUCGAGGACGAGCGCUCCAACAUCGUGGACAUCCUCUACGUCAAGGACCUGGCCUUCGUGGACCCCGACGACUGCACCACCCUCAAGACCAUCACCAAGUUCUACAACCACCCCGUCCACUUCGUCUUCCACGACACCAAGCUGGAUGCCAUGCUUGAGGAAUUCAAAAAGGGAAAGUCCCACCUGGCCAUUGUCCAAAAGGUGAACAACGAAGGCGAAGGCGACCCCUUCUACGAAGUGCUGGGCCUGGUGACGUUGGAAGACGUGAUCGAGGAGAUCAUCAAGUCAGAGAUCCUGGAUGAAUCCGACAUGUACACUGACAACCGCUCCAGAAAGAAAGUGAAUAACCAAAAGAAUAAGAGGGACUUUUCUGCCUUCAAGGACAAUGACACAGAGUCCAAGGUGAAGAUCUCGCCCCAGCUGCUCUUGGCUGCUCACCGUUUCCUCUCUACAGAGGUGAACCCAUUCAGUCCGGCCCUCAUUUCGGAAAAGAUCCUCCUGCGUCUGCUCAAACACCGCGACGUCAUCAAUGAGCUGAAGUUUGACGAAGAGAACAAGAAGGCGCCCCAGCACUUCCUCUUUAACCAGAACAAGCCGGCUGACUACUUUAUCCUCAUCCUUCAGGGCAAAGUAGAGGUAGAGGCUGGCAAGGAGAACAUGAAAUUUGAGACGGGACCUUUUUCCUAUUAUGGGGUGAUGGCUUUGAACCCAAUAGUCUCCACAACUCCUGUCACAAUCCAUCGCCCAGCCAUCAAACAGCGAGGGUCUUUGUAUUCCAGGGUGUCAGUUUCAGAGGUGCGCUCCCCGUCCCACAUGAGCAACCUGAACCGCUCGGCCUCCCUCUGCUACCAUGAGCGCUCCGACUCCAUCUCCUCCACCUUCAGCGGCAGCAACAACCAGCUCAGUGCCAACACCAGCACCCAGUACAUCUCCGACUUCAGUGUCCGCGCUGUCACUGACCUGCAAUUCAUCAAGAUCACCCGCCUCCAGUACCAAAAUGGUCUGAUGGCCUCACGCCUGGAAAGCUGUCCCCAGUCUCCCGAAGGGGGUCCCCCGAAAGUGGACACCUCCUUGUCAGAAAAGGGGGACUCCUUGCCAGUGACCAACGAAACGGGUGGCCUUUUGAACGAGAGGAACUGCCAGCCCCACAAGAUGAACCACAGCCCCACCGACAGCGUGGUCUGACCCCGGCCUCUGGGCGACCGGGACGGGACCCCGGUUCGCCUGAAGUGCAUCUUCCCUUCCAAAGACUCGCCGGUGACCACAGAGAGGGGAUUGGGAUGCUCCUGGCCUCAUCAAUAAACCUCCGGUUGGGGUCACAAGCAAAGGGGAGAGACAGCUCUCUAGCAAACGUAGCGCUCUUCCCUCAGCCGCCCCCUAAUCUCUUUCCUGCGGCAGGGUGGGUCCCACCUCUUUGAAGGAAAUUAUGGGUGCCGAGAAGAAGAAAACUGGUUCUGGAUGUGUAAGGGAAUCCUGUUUAUGGAAUGUUGGAUCCUCCCCAAUCCGGAUUCACUCUGAUUUGUGUUUCUGCGGGGGUUUGGGGAACAAAGGAAAGAGUUGGCUAUCCAGUGGAUCUUACAAAGGGAGCUCACCUGCUGCUGUUUUUCUACGCUGGCUUUUUACCUUCCAUUGUGCAACGAACCUACGGAGAUAAUUUUCCGGCCGACGGAGGCGUCCCGUUCCAAUGACUGGUCAACUCUGGUUCUCUCUUCCGCCGUUGACAGUGUGAAAGGGGCCUCCAUUCCAGAAGACCAUCGGUACAGGAACUGCGCAAACCUCAUCAGGAGGAAACGAGAACGGUAGCCAUAGCCAUAAGCAGUUGUUUGUGGAUCAGUCAGGAAUCUUUUUCCCCCCAUCUCAGGGAGUUCUGAAUCUUGUAUGUUGUCCCCAGUGAUGUUCUAUUUUAAUUCUGUUUUUUAAAAAAGACCAAGCACAUUGGGCAUGGGGCAGAAAUGUCUGGCGAGCCUUGGGCUCCGGGAGAAGGUUUCAAAGUUGGUGGGAUUUGUCACGUUGCCUCUGUUUGGGGCCGAUCACUAUUUAUUUCCCCAGGAAAAUAAUACUCAAGGUAACAUAACAUAGCCAAGGGAUCAUAAAACGAGUAACAUCCCAGAGAUGCUGGGAUGAACUGCCUUGUCAAAGGCUUUCAUGGCCAGAAUUACUAGGUUGUUGUGAGUUUUCUGGGCUGUCUGGCCAUGUGCCAGAAGCAUUUUCCCCUGACGUUUUGCCCACAUUUAUGGCAGGCAUCCUCAGAGAUUGUGAGGUCUGUUGGAAACUAGGUAAGUGGGGAUGUAUAUAUCUGUGGAAUUGUAAGACUGUAGGUUAUAUAUAGCAAUAUUAAAUGAUCACUCACAAGCCGGUUUUGCUUGGAAAUGAAUAUAUUGCUUGUAUCUCUGCAGCAAAGAAAGACACUACUGACUUUUUCCCACCACCACUUCCUUUUAUUCCUUUUUCCCACCACCACUUCCUUUCCUGCCCAUCUCCCCCCCUCUUCUCAGUUUCCUUAUUAGAGCUUGUUGCUUCACAAGUUCCAAUACAAGGUUUCCAGCGAGAAAAGGUAGCCAGGAUGAUUCAGUCAGGAUGUCACGGAGGGAAUUUGUGAUGUCUUCAUGCUAUUAGAAAUUGACUCCUGACAGGAAUGAUGUCCGGGGUGGGAGAAAGAACUCUUGUCUGUUUGGGGUAAGUGUGAAUGUUGCAAUUGUCCAUCUUGACACCUACCCCAAACAGACAAAAGUUCUUUCUCCCACCCUGGACAUCAUUCCACAGAUAUAUAAACCCCAUUUUCCUAGUUUCAAAUAGACCUCACAACUUUUGAGAAUGCCCGCCAUAGAUGGGGGAGAUACAUCAGGAGAGAAUGCUUCUGGAACAUGGCCAUGCAGGCCGGAAAACUCUGGGAUGAGCUGUUUUAAACUUUUAGAAACAUUUGUUUUGUUUUGUUUUUUUGACAGAAACUUCCAGAAUUCUGGGAGAUGUCAUCCCCAAAAGGGAAUUUUUCAAGCUCUGGAACCACUUCAUAUGGUGUGAAUUAGCGCUUACCUGCCUUUUAGAAACAACAGCCAAAAGAAGGCUAGAUUAGAACUUUUCUCCCCAAUGUGCUUUUUUCUUGUCAAGGAAACCUGUUUGUCUUUGUUGGGUUGUGGGUUAUUUACAGGAGGGAACAUUCAGCAAUGAUAUCCCCUUGUUUUUGGUACUGUCCCUCCUCUGUGUACAGACUGGGCCAAGGAAAUGAAUCCCAGGGAUCCUAUUUAAUUAAUAAAGGCUACAUGAAAUGA